AUGGACAUUGACGACAUCUUGCGAGAGUUCGAAGAGUCCUCUACCAAGAGAUUUGAAACAGCUACAUCAAACAUAUGCCAAGACCUUAUAACUGCGGCUAUGAAUGAAAGAAUGGCCCCUGAACUUUUACCAUACAAGGCAUCCUUGAUGAAUACAAUUUUGACACAUAUUUCAAAUCAGCAACAGUACUUGCUAGACAGUCAUGAAUAUGGAGAGAUGAAUAGCGCAAACGGUAUCAUAUCCAGUGAUUUCAAAUUACAGUUGAUGAUCAUUGAAACUGAUGUUGAGAGGUUGAGCUACAUUGUUCGAUUGUACUUGCGUACAAGACUAUCAAAAAUAAACAAGUUUACUAUUUUUUACAUCAACAAGUCCAACAAAGAAGAUGAUGGAGAUGAUUUAUUAUCAGCGGAAGAGAAGGAUUAUAUUCAUCAAUAUUACUUGUUAUUGACACUGUUAUAUAACAAUUGUUUCCUCAAGAAGCUACCGCAAAUUUUAACUUACUUGGAUGACAACAGUGGAGGGCAGAAUAUGAUUGUUGCUCCUGAUAUUGACCAGUUUGUGUUUGUUAAAUGCCUUUCCGAAACACCAGUACUACUUCACUUAGAGGACGACGAGUUGGAGUUGGUGAAAAACGGUGUUUAUGUGGUCAAAUACAGUUCGGUAAAACAAUAUCUAGAGAUUGGCGAUUUAGUUCUAAUAUAG